AUGCUUCACUUCUUAGCUGUGCGAAAGCAGAUGGCUCAAGCUCUCGGCAACAUGCCGUCUUUAGCCGGCAAACUCCUCCGAGCUCCGGUUACCGGCCGGACGCCCUGCUCAGCCAACGUUGCCUGUGCCACCCCGCCCGAGGGUCCGUCGCUGGAUGAUCAGUCUGUCAUCAACGGCAAGAUUAUGCUGGGAGCUUUAUCGGGGUCAAUUUGCGUCAUGCUACCCCUCCGAACCCCGCAGGGAUCAGAGCAUUUGACAACAAUUGACGAAGAUGAACUUGCUCAUCUCCAAAUCAGGCCAUUUGGACGACUGGAGCGCCUAUUGGGGUUCAGGAAUAAGAUGUAG